AUGAAAGAUGUUGUGAGAGGAGAGGUCCUUAAGCUAUUAGAUGUGGGGAUCAUUUAUCCCAUAGCUGAUAGUAAAUGGAAAGUUUUGUCCAGGUGUGAAGAAAAGAACCUUGUGUUAAAUUGGGAGAAGUGCAAAUUCAUGGUUACUUCCGGGAUUGUACUAGGACACAUUGUUUCUUCUAAAGGAAUUGAGGUAGAUAAAUCUAAAAUUGAGUUAAUUGCAAAUCUAUCUACCGUUAAGACUGUUAAAGAUGAAUUGGAGUAUAGGUUGCAAAUUAAGUUUUCUCACCUUGUAAUUGAGGCUCUAGUUGGAUCACCUAUUGUUGUAUUUACUGACCAUGCAUCUUUAAAGUACCUUCUCGCCAAGAAGGAUGCUAAGCCUCGCUUGAUUAGGUGGAUCCUUCUACUCCAAGAAUUCAAUAUCACAAUCAAAGACAAAAAAGAAGUAGAAAAUGUUGUGACGGAUCAUUUGUCUCGACUUAUGUUUGAUGACUCCAUAGAAACAAUGCCCUUAAAAGAUACUUUCCCUGAUGAGCAAUUGUUUAUUAUUAUUGAUAUGCCUUGGUAUGCUGAUAUUGUUAAUUAUCUUGUUACAAGCAUGAUCCCGUGUCAAUGGAGUGCACAAGACAGGAGGCAAUUUUUGGUUGAAGUAAAGAAUUUCUUUUGGGAUGAUCCAUAUUUGUUUAAAUAUUUUCCAGACCAAAUCAUAAGAAGAUGUGUCCCUAAUAAUGAAAUAAAUAGUGUCAUCUCCUUUUGCCAUUCUGAAGCUUGUGGAGGCCAUUUUUCUUCAAAGAAAAUUGUUGCAGUGUGGAUUUUAUUGGCGAAGCCUUUUUAA